AUGGCUGAGAAGCAAGCGGGCUUGGCCGGAGAGCUGGAUCCCAAGGGGUCCUCACCUGGGACCGAGGGGUCCUGGAACUACUACAGCAACUGCGUGUUCUGCCGCGUGGCGGUGGGUCAGGAACCCAAAACUGAACUCUUUCACUGUGAGAAUGAAGACCUGGUUUGUUUCAAAGCUAUCAAACCAGCAGCACUUUAUCAUUAUCUCGUGGUGCCAAAGAAGCAUAUUGGAAGUUGUAAGGAUCUAAACAAAGAUCACAUAGAAAUGGUUGAGAGCAUGGUAGCUGCUGGGAAGACCAUGCUUGAGAGGAAUAAUCUCACAGAUGUAAGAAUGGGUUUCCAUGUUCCUACAUUCUGUUUCAUCUCUCAUCUGCACCUUCAUGUGAUAGCACCAGUCAAAGAGUUUGGCUUCUUAUCAAAGCUGGUGUACAGGCAGGAUUCCUACUGGUUUGUCACAGUUGAUUACUUGCUUGAAAAACUAAGAAAAUAAAAAUGUGAACCAUGGACAAGUUCCUUACCUGAUUCAGAAGAA